ACAGCUUUGUCAAAUAAUAUAUAGACAAAGACACACAUUUAUUUAUGUUAGUUGCCCAUCAAUCACACCCUGAUUGUCUUAUUUUAAAUUUGCUAUGGUUGUGUACAGAGGCACAGGCUCAAAUUAUGUACGUAAAUGUUGGCUUUUUAAUGUAGUUAACAGAUUUUUAAACAUGUAACACUUUAUUGUGUAUUUGCAUUAUAGUUCUAACAGCAUCCAUGUUUGUAUGUUUAAUAUAGAUUUUGGCUGAAGCCCUGAUUGAGUGCCACAGACAGUCAUCGUCUCUUGGAGCUCCACUUAGACUAAGAGUGUUUAUAGCAGGGAGGAACCGCCUGGAAAAUGAAGGAGCUAGCGCCUUGGCUAAGGCCUUUCAGCUGAUGGGCAGCCUUGAAGAGAUUCACAUGCCCCAGAAUGGAAUAAACUACUCAGGUGUGAUGGCGUUAGCUUCAGCCAUUCGACAUAACCCAGAGCUUCGAGUCCUCAACCUCAAUGACAACACUUUCACCAAGAAGGGCUCGCUGCCCAUGGCACAGGCUCUGAGGCAUCUCAGGAACAUCCAAGUGAUCAAUUUUGGUGACUGUCUGGUCCGUUCUGAGGGAGCUGUCGCCCUCGCUGCAGUCCUGAGAGAAGGACUGCCCAUCCUCAAGGAGCUUAAUCUGUCAUUUGGUGAGAUCACUGAAGCAGCAGCACUAGUGGUGGCUCAGGCUGUUGCAGACAAAGCUGAUAUGGAGAAAUUGGAUCUUCAAAGGCCAAGUCCAACCACUGAUUUCUGCUCCUGACAUUCAUAUUUUAUGAAGGCUUCACAGAGACUGUCCAAGAAUGUCUUAAUUUUUAUUUUUCUACUUGUGCUUGUGACUUAUAUUUUUAUAGAAAAUAGAUACAAAUGCUUUAAAAAAAAGUUCACAUCAAUCAGACUUGAGCUUAAUGUGUUUAAAAUGACUGUAACUUGAAGUGAAGUGAACAUCCUACAUUUAGUAAUUAAUCAAGUUAAAAUUUACAAAUU